UGACCUCCUGAGGUCCCUUCCAACCCUGACAUUCUAUGAUUCCAUGGACACACAGGCCCCUUUACACAACUCUGACAGAGUCAACUACAUGCACACCCACUGGAAGGUCCCUUUACACAACCGGAACUGUGGAAGGGGCCUUACUGCAAAUAAUAGGAAGGAAGGCUGGACAUAGAGGACAAACACCAUCUUUUAUGUGCCUCCUACCAUCUGGGGAGAAUUAGCAUGUGGUCAUUUAUUACACUAAGGUCUUUCUAGUGGGGGAUGGACCUCAAAAGCUUUGUUUGUACCAUCACCCCAAAUAAAUGGAUGCUCAUCAGAACCUCUUGGCUUCCUCUCUGCUGACCUGGGCUCCCCCCGCAGUUACCCGGAUACAGGAUUCUUCUUCCUGUGCUCAAGGCAAACGUUUGUAGUAGAAUUGCUGUGAGCUGCUAAACAAUCGCCAUGUUCCACCCCAGCCCUGGCUUAUUUCGGUGGUGGGCAAAGUGAUGAAUGAAAACAGGGCCUGAUUUUCCGAGGUGCUGGGUACCCACAAUUCCAGGUGGGAGAUGCAGGUGUACCUGAAAAUCAGGCCCAUAGUUUGUAGGAUAUUUUUUCCAGGAUCCUUCAGCAUGAACAGCACCUGAAGGGCAAGAUAUUCUUUCAUUCUUCUUAUGCCCCAUAGACGCAAGAGUUAAUGCUUCAGGAGAGCACUUCAUGGAGCUAAGCACUCGCCACCUGACCCUGCCUGGAAGAUCAAAGGCUUUGCCAAUGCCUAGUAAAAGCAGGUUAUCAUGUAACACAAGGCGCCUCAGAGAGGGGGAACAUGUUGGUGCUUGUCAGAAGGUCUGCAGUUUAUUAAGAGUAGCACCGAAUUUACUUUGUUUAACUGUGCUGGGUAGACGUGAAGCUCUAGUGAAUGUCACUCCAGUCCACAACAGCCACAAUCACUUUCCAAAGCUCUGAGCAGCUGACCCCCAAACUAGCAGAUGGACUGGAUCUGUCGUUGUCUUUGCCUGGAGAGCGUCUUACUACGAGGGAGUGGUGCUGUGUGACUCUGCUGACCUGGUGUCUCAUUGUCUAGUGGAAUGUUGGCAGCAGUGCUGAAAGAAGUUACACGUGUGCAGGGAAACAGACAUUAUCCUAUUAACCAUUAGCAACCAGGUCCUCCUCCCGAAUCCAUUUAGUCACCGAGUAAACAGCACAGACGGAGCACAGUACUAAAUACAGAAAGCCACGAGGACAGUGCGCUCUUCAGAGCCUACAGGCUUCCCUUCCAUUAAGGGGACAGUCUCAAGCUUCAAUACUUAGUCGAAUUUUUCUUUUUGAAUGAAUGCCAGUGGGCCGGCCCCGAGGAACAACCCAGCGAUAACCAAAGCUUGCAAAGGCUACCACUACGGAAACGACCCUGCGAUAACAAACCAGCGUGUGAAGCCUCACACUGACCAACAGCACUACCCUAACAAGUUGUGCGUACAGCCGCGCCCGCCGGAGCCACCUUACGCACGUGACUGUGGCAGGAAAAUGAUUGGAAUGAGAGCAGAGGCCGAGUUCCUGAGGAGGUGGAUGGAGCUGAGUGAGGAGAUGACCCUGGAAGGAGAGUCGAUGGGGAACAGCUCUGAAUCUGGCAUUCAGCUCAUGGAGAAUAACUCACCAUCUGCCCCUGGGCACCAGGGCUGGAGAGAGCUUCACCUGGCAGCUUGGGACGGCAACGCCCACCUGAUGAAGCAGCUACUGAGGCAGGGGGCAGUGAUAGAGACCAGGGAUGAGAAUGGAUGGACGCCCUUACACAGUGCCACGCUGAAGGGGUCCAUCAUGCUGGUGAAGUUCCUGGUGCAGCGCGGAGCCGUGGUCCAUGCCACAGACAGAGCACACUACACCCCGCUGCACCAUGCCUCUUGGAGUGGCCAUACCCAAGUGGCUGAGUUUCUCCUGGCUCGGGGAUCCCCAGCAUCAGCCAUGACGAAAGGGGGCCUCACCCCACUUCACUGUGCAGCAGCCAGCGGUCACACCCUCAUUGUGCAGUUGCUCCUACGGCAAGGCACAGAUCCAGCCAGCGGGGACAACAACCGGUGGACGGCACUGCACUGGGCAACUGUGAACAGCCAGCUGCAUAUUAUGGACUUGCUGAUUUGCCAGGGUCUCUCCCCAGACCUGGGCAGUAACGGAGGCAUCACAGCACUGCACAUCGCGGCAGAGACGGGAAGAAGUGAUGCUGUAAGGUUCUUGCUAGCCAAGGGUGCCAACAUCAAUGCUCAGGAUGGGCUGGGGAGAACAGCACUUGCCAUUGCAUCCAAUAAUGGCAAUCAAGAGAUUACAGAACUGUUGCUGAAAAGCAAAGCUGAUGUGAACAUGAAGGACCACUACGGCUGCACGGCACUCCACAAGGCAGCAGCUGCGGGACACUUGGCCCUCGUCCACUUGCUGAUUAAGACAGGAGCUGUUACCAACAUUAGGGACUGUCUGAAUCUGACUCCGCUUCACAGAGCUGCCUGUCGUGGGCACAGCGAGGUAGCUAAUUACCUUCUGGACCAUGGAGCUGAGAUCAAUGCAGCUGGCUGGCUAAACAAAACCCCGCUGCACUUGGCUGUGGAAAAAAAUCACUUCCUUUUAAUGGAGCUGCUGCUGGGGAAGGGGGCAAGUCUGUCCCUCAGAACUCGCUGGCAUGAAACGGCACAGGAUCUAGCGUCAGACAGGGCCCUACCUGCGGGCACUCCGUCCACUUCCCAGGAGAAGAUGACAAGCUGCAAUCUGGACGUGAACUAGAUCCCAGCUCGACUACAGUUAGCUGGACCUGAGAGACAUGAGAACAGCUUUGUCCUUCAGUUUCCUCUGCUGCCAUCUUGUGAAGAAGGAUCAGACUUUCCCAUCAUGCCAGUAUUAACCGAUAAAGGGCCUGAUUCUCAUUUACCUUGUUCUUGAAGUGGAACAGAACCCUAAAGGGGGUAUAAAUAUACUGUAUAUCCAUUGUAAGGCCCCUUUAUACUGCUAGAGUGGUGUCACAGGGCCUUAAUAUAAAUGAGAAUAAGGCUCUAAUUUUUAAAAGGUUCUGUCUUUACCAAUGUGCUGCUGUAAUACGUAUUUACUAGGGAUGUGAUUAAACCAUCUUUGGGGAUUCAUUAGAUACCAGAUAAUGUAGCCAGUGGAUACUAAGAUGAAUCAGGGAGGUGGGGUGGGUGGUGCCCAAGGCGCAAGAUGAGGCCCUGGAAAGGGUGGUCGGAGUAAUGAAGCAGCAGAGGACACGGUAAGGGAGAUUGGUAGAACAUAGGCCAGGCAGCGAGACGAAGCAAGACCACACUUAAAAUGGCCGCUGUCAUCACAUGGUGGUAGCCAUCUGAAGUGCCUGAAAUUCACUUACCAUUUAGCUUGGGAUGCAGAAGAAGGGCAAAAUGGCCAGAUCUGUGCUAUUUACAAUCACCCUAUCUCUAGAAUACACCUUUGUACAUUAGAAUAAUCCUAUGCUGAUGUCAUCUUCUAUUCAGCCAGUGGCCAUGUAAUAAACCUGUAUGCAUAAAA